GUGGCGCCGGAAUAGGUGCCAUCUCAACUAUGGAAGAAGGGCUGCGCUACGAAGCCCUACCCGGCGACGGCCACGCCGCGGACGGAGCAGAAGGCAGUGACGGCCACGCCGUCGACGGAACAGCAGGCGGCGACGGCCACGCCACCGACAGGGCAGAAGGCGGCGUGCCCGCGACGUCCCUGGGCGAUCGCGAGCAAGCUAUUCUGUCGUCGUCGAUCCUCAGAUUAAAUGCUCCUUCUGCGAAUCAUGAUGUUGCUUGUGAUCGUGGAGAAGAGGAACAACAAAUAACACAUGUUGGAGCAGUGGAGAUUGAAGUACCAAAUGAGGAUGUGGUUGAUAAAUAUGCUGAGAUGGCACCUAAAGUUGGAAUGACUUUUGACUGUGAGAAAAAAGCUUAUGAGAUGUACAAUACCUAUGCUGGACUUGUUGGCUUCAAUGUUAGAAAGAGCAGGACGAAGCGCCGCAAAUCAGAUGAUAGUUUAUCUCAGAAAUAUUUUGUUUGCAGUGGCCAAGGACUUCGGAAAAAUGAGGCAUCACAAAAAGAUAUUACAAGGACCGGUUGUGAUGCUCGUGUCCAGUUUAGUAUCAGUAAGGAGAAUGUAUGGACUGUGCAAAAGAUCGUAGUAGAGCACAACCAUUAUCUUGCCAGUCCAAAUAAGAUACAUAAGUUGAGGUCCCAACGAGAGAUUAUAGAGGCAGAUAGAAAAUUAAUUGGGCAGGCACGGUGGUCUGGAAUGAAGCCAUCCCAAGUUUUCAAUUUUAUGAAGGAGCAUUAUGGAGGGGAAGACAAAGUACCAUUUACUAAGAUGGAUUGCUAUAAUGAGAUUGGUCGCGAGCGCAGACAGUACUUAGAAGGCAAUGAUGCACAAACAUUAUCUGAAUAUCUGAGAAAUAAACAAGUCCAGGACCCAACAUUUUUUUAUGCAGUUGAGGUGGACAAGGAUACUGGUCAUAUAGCAAAUUUCUUUUGGGCAGAUGGUCAGUCUAUCAUGGAUUACAAAUGCUUUGGUGAUGCUGUGUCCUUUGACACCACAUUUCAAACAAAUAAGUUUGAAAUGCCUUUUGCUCCGAUUCUUGGCACCAACCAUCACAAGCAAACAAUAAUUUUUGGGUGUGCACUCAUGUUCAACGAGACUAUUCCAUCAUUUGUUUGGCUAUUUGAGUCCUUUCUUCAAGCAAUGUCUGGAAAGCACCCAAGCACAAUUUUCACAGAUCAAGACGCGGCAAUGGCAGCAGCAAUUGCUCAUGUAUUCCCAAACACAGCCCACCGCCUAUGUUUGUGGCAUAUUGGCCAAAAUGCUGUCAAACAUCUUGGUCCUAUAAUUAAAGCGGCAGAGGACAAGGCAGAGGACGAGGCAGAGGACAAGUCAGGUAACAAGUUCAACAAGUUCUGGGCGGAUUUCAAAAGUUGUAUCUACGAAGACAGAGCAGAGAUUUACUUCACAGAGAAAUGGGAUGAAUUGUUGGCUAAAUACAACCUUGAGGAUAACACAUGGAUGUCAAACCUGUAUGCUUUGAGGGCAAAGUGGGCUGCGGUAUACCGUGACUCAUUUACAGCAGACAUGCACUCGACCCAGAGGAGCGAAGGUAUGAACAAUGUCUUCAAGAAAACAUUUCGUAGGAAACUUGGUCUUUCAGAACUCCUUGUAGAAUGUGAAAAUGUUAUAGUCACUCUAAGGUCAAAUGAGAAGGAUGCUGAUUUUCAGUCACGUCGAAAGAUCCCAGUUUGCUACAUUCCAAAUCUGCCAGUGUUGAAAACUGCAGCUGAAACAUAUACGAGGAGAAUGUAUUCAGAUUUUGAGGAAGAGUUUAAAAAACAAUUUACGUUGUCUUGUGAAUUGUUGGAAGGUAAUGGGACAAACUCCACAUUCUUUGUUAAGUAUAUGCAAUCUGAACGUGGGGCAACAGUAGUAUUGAACAAAGAAGAUUCGACUAUUACAUGCUCUUGUCGGAUGUUUGAAUGCAUAGUCAUAAAAGGUCCAAAGGAGACACAUUUUAAAAAUGUUCUUGAGAAGAACCCAGGAAAGAAGAAGAAGAAGAAGGGUGCCCAGAAGAAAGGUGACGAUCUGAAACAUGAUGAUAUUGAAGCAAGAGACGAACGUGCUGAGACAAACCAAAUAAUUGAUUGUAAUGUUGGGGCAUCUUCAACCAUGAAUGCUCCUUUCAUCCAAGGUGGAUAUACUAAUGUCGCAAUGCCCCCGUUCAAUUUAUUUGCUAAUCCUUCUGCAAUGGCUCCUCCAUACAUGCCAGGAGGGUACACAAGUCUCUUAAUGGGAGUUGAUCAAGAUGCUACAACGCAAGCUGCUGUUAGGAAGUUACAUUUUGAUGAAUCUAUGUAG